AUGUGUCAAUUUGACGGCCCGAGGUAGAGGGUGGCGGCCCAGCUCACAGCGAGUCGGCGGAGUCUGGGAAGUGGUGCUCCGGGCGCGCGGGGCCGGCGGCAAGCGGAGCCGGCCGGAGCGGGCCGGGCAGCGGCCGCCGCCGUCCCGUGGCGCGCGGGCGGCGCGGGCAGGAGGAUGGAGCUGAAUUCCCUGCUGAUCCUACUGGAGGCGGCUGAGUACCUAGAGCGCAGGGACCGAGAGGCCGAGCACGGCUACGCCUCGGUGCUGCCCUUCGAUGGCGACUUCUCCAGGAAGAAAACAAAGGCGGCCGGCCUGGUGCGCAAGGCCCCAAACAACAGGUCUUCACACAAUGAGCUAGAAAAGCACAGACGAGCCAAACUCAGGCUCUACCUGGAGCAGCUCAAACAGCUGGUGCCCCUGGGCCCUGACAGCACACGCCACACCACGUUGAGCCUCCUGAAGCGUGCUAGGGUGCACAUCAAGAAACUGGAGGAGCAGGACCGCCGAGCACUGAGCAUCAAGGAGCAGCUGCAGCGGGAGCAUCGCUUCCUGAAGCGGCGCCUGGAGCAGCUGUCAGUGCAGAGCGUGGAGCGUGUGCGCACAGACAGCACGGGCUCUGCCGUCUCCACGGAUGACUCUGAGCAAGAAGUGGACAUAGAGGGCAUAGAGUUUGGCCCCGGUGAGCUGGACAGUGUUGGCAGCAGCAGUGACGUGGACGACCACUACAGCCUGCAGAGUGGCGGCGGCAGCGACAGUGGCUAUGGGCCCCACUGCCGGCGGCCUGCCCACCCUGGCCUCUUGUAGGCCCUGUGCCCUCUGCUCUUGGCCCACCUGCCUGCCCAGCCAAGUGUGUCGGCCCUCCAGGCCUGCCUUGACUGACGUCAGCCUCACCACAGGCCUAUUGCUGCACCAUUCUGGAAGCUCCAGCUGCUGCCCGGGCUGCCUGCCUCUGCCCGCUCACCAGUCAGGGCCUGCUGAGCCGCCCACCCCUCCCAGCUGGGCAGGGUCCCCUGCAGAGAGGCAGGGCCCAGAUCCUGCGUCCUGGAGCCCAGCGUAGCCACCCACGGUCUAUUCUCAGAUUCCUAAGCAUUCCAGAAGUAUUAAAUGUCAUUGCUGCAAACCUCGGCGGACACCGUGUAAGGGGCUUACUGACCACCACAGGGAGCUCAGACCCCAACCCUGGAUUCCAGGAGAAAGGAUCGGACCCAGGAAGGAAGGCGAGGCUGUCUGUCUGUCUGUCCGUCCAUCUAUCUGUUGAUCCACACAGGAUCCUGAAGCUUGGAUGGAGGGAUCCACGAAGGGCGGGACCUGGGUGAGCACCUGAGGCAGGUGGGCGGAUGGGGGCCUUCCUGCCUUGUAGCUGUUGGGAGCCAGGACUGGGCCAUGCCACCCUGGCUGGCCUGCUCCUGCUCUGGUAGGCCUGUCACGUGCAUCCACGCACAACAUAGACACAUUCAAUCAUGUACAUGCUCAUGCAUAGAUACAUGUGGCCACCCAAAAGGCACAUGUCAUAGGGAGGUUGGUCUUUGGGGGUCACCUAGGCAAAUAUUAGCUCCUGGUCUAUGCCUGGCUCCUCCUGCAGCCCCCAGCUCACCUGCACCUGCCCAGUGGCCCUGCCUAGCCAUAUAGGACAGGGAGCUUCUCUUCCUGCAGAGGCUGGUGAAUUAAAACCACUGGAUCCUCAGGGAGCAUUUGCAUCUCCCUUUUAAAGAAGCAAAUAAAUAAAACGCUGCACAGCCCAGCAGCCUGGACAAGGCUCUGGGAGCCCCCCUGGGGGCUUCCUCACGAGCUCUGCCUUGUCCGCCUUGGCCGGCAGAAAGGCUUUUUCCAAAAAACAAAAAACAUUUUUGAAAACAAAAAGCUGUAAAGCCCUAGGCCAAGGGACGUGAGCGUGUGCUGCUUCUAUUUCCUGUAUGAGAUUUUUGUACUCUAUUUUCCUAGCCGUUGUUACAUCCUUGUUUGCCGAGGGGUGGGAGCAACCCAGCGUCUCAGGGACCUGUCCCUCUGUCAUGUUGUCAUAGUGUGCCUUGUGUCCUGUGUCUGGCCCUGUCUCCCCACCAGCAUGUCCCCUGUGGCCUGCCCACCACAUGUUCCCCAUAGUCGGCAACCCCUACCAGCAUCUGGGCUUCCUAGGAGUGAUGCAGCCAGGCCUGCCUGGGUAUAUGGCAGCUCUCUGCCACCAGCGGGAGGGACCGUGAUCUGGCCCCCAGUUUUGCCCUCCCCAGCAGCUGGCAGGGACCUGCCGUACAGCCUGGGGACAGCAGACCACCUGGGGGGCUUGCUUGCUUCCCAGAAAAGUAGAUUCCCAUCUACUACCUGACUUGAACCCUUUGCCCCUGGCCUAGGUUGAGAUCUGCAGUCUCAGACAUGCUGCAGACUAAGACCCUGGUGAUGCAGGCCUGGUAUUAGGAGGCGUCUGCAGCUUUGCAUUCCUGAAGUCCUUUGUCCCUGGGGACCAUGCAGCAAUACUUGGUGGUGGGUGUGGGGCUGGCCCGUAGCAGUGCCUGCCACCUUCUCUGGUGCAUCUGUAACCAAUUUCUAAAUCUUGGGGAAAAUGCAUGUUUAUUUUCAGCCAUGUGGAUGGACACCCCCGAGUGAGUGGCCUACCAAGGCAGAAAGCCCCAUGAAAGCAGCUUUGGCAUAGAACCUGCCCUGCAGGCACUUGGGAUGGCAGGCAGACAGGUUGGGGGGCUGAGCGUGGGGUUGGGGAGACUGUUCAGAUGUCUUUCUGGCCCUACUGGAAGGGGCUGCUCCUGCUGGCCCAAGCCUGCCCACCAUGCCUGCACUGCCAGCCCUCUGUGAGGGCCAGUGCCUGUUGCUGAGCCUGCUUCCUGGGUCCUGGGACAGUCCCUGCUGUCCAUUAUUGAAGCAUCAGCUCCCCUCUUCACCUUCAACAGAACCCAAUCGGGUGACCAGUCGUGGCCUCCCUCGGCAGCUUUCCUGCCAGCUCAGCUGCAGUUUUUUAGGCUAUGGUUCCUGGGUGGACUUGGCAGCCAGCUGCUGCCCCUGCCCUGGCUGGCAUGUGCAGGGUGGCUCUUGAAGAGUUACCCACAUCUAUUCUUCCUCCCCAGCUCCCUGCUGUUGGCAUAGGCUGGCCGCUACAAGUGGCCACAGGGAUGCGGAGAGGGCUGUUAGAGUGUCUAUAGAAAGAACUGGGAGUAGAGCAGGGCCACUGGGGGUGUCCUCCUGGGCCAUGCAGGGCACUGUGGUGCUCAGUGGCUGAGAGUCUGUAGCUGCAGUCUCAGGUGUGGAAUCCCCAGUCCUCACUAUAUCCUGGUGCAGGCCCCACUGUCAGAAGAGGCUGCAGGGAGGUCUCAGUGCUGGGGCCUGUGGUCCUGGGCAGUGGAGCCACAUGCCAGAGGGUGGCCAGCCCUCCUGUCUGCCCUGCUUAUCCCUGUCCUGCUGUGCCAGGCAGACCUACCCUUGCCUGUCUUUGGGCCAGCUACCUAGGACGCCUUCCCAUUGCCUGCUUAGAAGAUCCUAACCCACUGCAGGGCACCCCAGGACUCAGGUCCAGAGCACUAGGGCAAGUUCUGUGCCUGAGUCUGGGGCCCCUUGAAGCCUGGUGCUGGCAAGACAGGUGCACUGGAGUGGGAAAAUGGGCCCCCAUACCCUGCCCAUUGGGUGGGGCAGUGCUGUGUCACUCUGUCGUUGUUAAUAUAAAUACAGAUUUUUAUACCUCA